AAAACUUUGUGCAAAGAGUAAUGAUUGGACGAUCUUCACGCAGCAGGAUGCCGGAGCGACAAAUCACAAGAAGAGCGUUUUGCCCGAGUCAGAAAUAGGGCGAAAGUAGUUGUCGCCACGGACUUCAAACGACACAAUCACGGCAUGAGUCGCAUGACUUUCCAUGGGAAUCAGUUUGCACCACCGAAAAUCUUUUGGAAAAUCCUGGCGAAGCGCGGCAUCUCACUGGGAACGGCGAAGAUUGACCCACAGCAAAUUGCAGUGCGGGCUCGUCGCGUUCUGUGCGUCGUCACCACGGUCAGGAGUUCAGAACUGAGGGUCCAAGCCCCGCACAAUACUGUCCUGUGUACGAUGCGCGGAUUAGUCAUUGUCUCUGCUGCGCCCAGAGGAGCAUCUGGGUAUUAUCGGGCCGUCCAAUCAGUCAUGCUCGGAUUGCUGCUCGUUGCUCGUAAAGGCAUCCGAGCCUGCAACCGCCAACGCGACUCUUGCAACCAACGCAGUCCUUGGUCAGUCGGAUUGCUGACAGCCAGCCACACCUGCCCGUUGCAGACAGGACAAAGGACGUCGCAAGUCUGCUGCAAGCAUGACAGGCAAAAAAGCAUUCCCCCGAUCAGCAUGUGCCCAACUGGUUCCGUCAUGGCCGGAGCCCCAGCCCAGGUUGGCGAGUUUGGCUAUCGAACGCCAACCGUGCGCUUACAGUUUUACGAGACAAGACGUCGUAAGCUGGAGGCGAAGCGACCAGGCUAGCCUGGGUACCUACCAGCCCACGACGAAGGUGGAGAGCGGCAACUCCCAACGUCUCAUCAACAAAGACAGCAUUCACAGGAAGAACCACAGCCUCCUGCGCUGCCGUCAGCCGCCGAGACAGCCGGCCGAGAUGCCCGCCUCGAUGGAUCGUUAUGGUGAUGUGUGCGUCCCGUAAAGCAAACGCCGUCCUCCCACGAGGCCAGGGCGGCCAACCCAUUCCGUGACCGGCGAGUGCGAUAUUUUCUGCACCUACGCAAUCUGGGCUUCCAUCAACUGCCUCCGACAGUCAGGUAUUCCAGAG